GUCUACACUGCCCACCGGAUCAGCGGGCAGCGGGGGUUGACUUAUAAAUCGACUGCUGAGCACUCUCCUGUCGACUCCGGUACUCCAUCAGAACUUCUCGUGGAAUCGACAGCAGAGCGUCAGCUGUUGACUUACCCCAGUGAAGACCCCGUGUAUAGUUACUGAAGUCCAUUUGCCUAUACGGGUAUCGAAGGCUGUUUGUUUGAGGAAACAAUCAGCAUAACCUGUGACCAUGACGACUGAAGUUGGCCCAGAGACUGAAGUAAAGAAGGAAUCUGAGCUGCUGGGGGCAGAUGCAGUCAACGAAAAACAUGAGGAAGCAAUAGAGAGUCAGGAAAAUCAAAAGUCUGAAAAGACACUCUCUGAAGAGGCACAAAGUACUCCUUCUUCCCCAGCACUAGCUACCCAAAGCAGCCCAAGUAGUCAGAAGAAGGAAAAAGAUCCACCUGAAGGCAAGGGGAUCUCUCGCUUUAUCCCCCCAUGGCUUAAGAAACAAAAAUCCUAUAACUUGGUGGAGCCCAAAGAUGAAGCCAAGAAAAAACCUGUAGAGGAGAGACAGGCAGCGGAGGAGAGGGAAAGUCAACUUCCAGAGGACAUGGCUCAGCCAAAGGGAAAUUUGGAAGAAGCAACAAUUGAGAGUCAACAGGAGACUAAAGAAGAUGACAAGGAGGAGGAGAAGCAUUCUGUGAGCAGUGCUGACACACAGCCUGCUAAAGAAGACAGUAAAGAGAUUGAAGUAGAGAAAGUUGCCAAUGAGCAAGAAGAAAAACAAAAAGUAGAAGAAAAGAGGGAAACCAAAGAGGUACAGACAGCCGAAAUCAAAAUGGAGAAAGCGCCUCAGAAAGCUCCCAAGAAGAUUAAAACUGUGCCAUGCAAAGUGAUGCUCCUGGAUGGCACCGAAUACAGCUGUGACCUAGAGAAAAGAGCUAAAGGCCAGGUACUAUUUGACAAGGUGUGCGAACAGCUCAAUUUACUGGAAAAGGACUAUUUUGGCCUGUUGCUUCAAGAUAACUCAGAUCAGAAGAACUGGUUAGAUUCUUCAAAGGAAAUCAAGAGGCAAAUUCGAAGUUUACCCUGGCUAUUCACCUUUAAUGUGAAGUUUUAUCCUCCUGAUCCUUCACGAUUGACUGAAGACAUUACCAGAUAUUUCCUGUGCCUACAGCUUCGUCAGGAUAUUGCUUCUGGCCGACUGCCAUGUUCUUUUGUGACCCAUGCCCUCCUUGGUUCAUAUACUCUGCAGGCCGAGCUAGGCGACUAUGAUUCAGAGGAACACAAUAACCAUUACAUCAGUGAAUUCCAAUUUGCACCUAAUCAAACAAAAGAGAUGGAGGACAAAGUAGUAGAACUGCACAAAACACACAGGGGCUUGACUCCAGCACAGGCAGAUUCUCAUUUCUUAGAAAAUGCCAAGAGGCUUUCCAUGUAUGGAGUGGAUUUACAUCAUGCCAAGGAUUCUGAAGGUGUAGACAUCAUGCUGGGUGUAUGCGCUAAUGGGCUACUCAUUUACAAGGAUAGACUUCGAAUCAACCGUUUUGCUUGGCCCAAAAUUUUGAAAAUCUCUUAUAAACGCAGUAACUUCUACAUAAAAGUCAGGCCAGCAGAGCUGGAACAGUUUGAAAGUACCAUUGGGUUCAAAUUGCCAAACCAUCGGGCUGCUAAAAGGUUAUGGAAGGUUUGUGUGGAGCACCAUACUUUCUACAGACUUGUAUCACCAGAACAGCCUCCUCCUAAGGCGAAAUUCCUGACCUUGGGUUCCAAGUUCCGCUACAGUGGCCGUACUCAAGCACAGACACAGCAGGCUAGCAACCUUAUAGACAGACCAGCUCCGUACUUUGAGCGCACCUCAAGCAAACGUGUCUCCAGGAGUCUUGAUGGGGCUCCUGUGGGUAUCACAGACCAAAGUCUGCUAAGGGACUUUUCUGCUGCCACAGUGGGACCUGCUGGUGAUAUGGUCUUUGCUGGUGAAGCUGUUGGCCAGACCAAGUUAAAAAACGGCGAAGGUAGAGAUGAGGAUGGAAGCCCAACUAAAAUUCCACAACUGGAAUUAACCCAGGAUGAAAAGUCCCUUCACAUGUAUCCACCACCACCACGUCUUCACUGUGUUUCAUCCUGUCCCACAAACCUGCCAACUGUCCCUGAGAUGGACAUGCUUUUGGACAUUUCAGAGGAAGAUCCCUUUUGGGACUAUGUCCAUAGCCCCUCGGACUGCUGGGAGUGCAGUCCCACGAGAGUAAUACCAACUCACAGUGGAAAUGAAGUGACAUUGCCUAAUAAUAUCUUGGAGCCUAUGAGACUCUCAGUUAGUCACCAUUCUUCUCCUGCAAUAGAGGGAAAGCCCCAUAAAACAGUUCACUACAAAGAUACUGAGUUUAGGUUUUCAUUAAGCUUUAGCAAACUCUUUGCUUUUAAUUUCCUUUCACUGCUUGAUGAGGAUGGUUACAUCAGUUUUCCUAGCCUCCCUGAGGUUUGCAUCUCCUAUCUCCCACCUGGCCUUCAACACUAUGUUCCUAUCACCUCUCCCUCAUUCAUUCCCUCUUUUCUCCUUAUCUUUGUGCUGCUUCUCUCUGCUUUUCAAUCUGUUCCUUUCUCGCUCACAUUUUCCCUUCCUCUCGCUCUGUCCCUCUGCUACCUGGAGCCUAAGGCGACUUCAUUGAGCGCCUCUUAUGACAAUGACCUGAAUGACAAAGCAGAGGAAGAGGAGGUGGAGACCGGAGAGGAAGAAACGCAGCAGCAGGACCUGGAUAAGACCCAGGACAACUUACUGAAACAUCAGGCUAGCAUUAGUGAACUCAAGCGCAAUUUCAUGGAAUCCACACCUGAGCCACGCCCCAAUGAAUGGGAAAAGCGGCGUAUCACACCUCUGUCUCUACAGACACAAGGGAGCCUAGAAGAGGAAAUAACGUCAAUUUUAUUUAGUAAAGAGGGCUUUUCCACUAGCAUGAAAUCUACCUUCACUUCAUCCACCACACGGACAGCAGAGGGCACUGUUGUGAAAGAUAAUGUACCUUCUGAAAUGCUUUCUGCCUCACCCUUCUUACAACUGCCUGAGAAACUUGCUUCCAAAGCAGAAGGGUCUUGCACUGGAGCCAGCGAUGCUGAUAAGAGUUCACAUGAGACUCUGAACGUAGUGGAGGAGAAGCAGCAGGCAGAGGUUGGGAUAGAAGAGACUGUAGUCAUAGAUGAAAUCAACAGAGGGAAAAUACAAGCGGUCACUGAUGCUGGGGAGACCCGUAAGGUGGAACACCUGUCAAAAAAGGACUCUUCUUCACUGUCAUCAGAUAGCAGCAGCAGUAGUGAGAGUGAGGAUGAAGUGGUGGGAGAGUAUCAGCCCCACCACAGAGCGGCUGAGGACACCAUAAGGGAAGAACAAGAAGAAAAUGAAGAUGCCAAAAGAAAGGAGGAGUGUACAACAAAAGUAAUACAGAGUGUGGAAGCUGUACAAGAAGGCAGUAAAGUAACAGUUGAGCACACGCAAGUUACAGCAAAGGCUUUGGCCCAGGAAAAUGCAGUAGCCAUAAAAACUGGAGAGAAGAAUAUAAUGGAAGAGGGGAAGCAAGACCUGAGAGCAGAAGAUGAGGAAGAACAGCUCAGAAUAAACGGAGAUGUGUCUCAUGUUGACAUUGAUGUUGUGCCACAAAUAAUUUGUUGUUCUGAGCCUCCAGUAGUAAAGACAGAGAUGGUGACCAUUUCAGAUGCCACACAGAGAACAGAAAUCUCCACCAAGGAAGUCCCAAUUGUUCAAACAGAGACUAAAACUAUCACAUAUGAAUCUCCACAGUUUGAUGGCAGCUCAGGUGGUGAUGCUGGUGUGCUGUUGAGUGCACAGACUAUCACGUCUGAAUCAGUUUCUACAACUACAACCACACACAUCACUAAGACAGUAAAAGGUGGAGUAUCAGAAACAAGGAUUGAGAAGCGCAUUGUCAUCACUGGAGAUGCAGAUAUUGACCAUGACCAGGCACUGGCACAGGCAAUCAAAGAAGCCAAAGAGCAGCACCCUGACAUGUCUGUCACAAGGGUAGUGGUGCAUAAAGAAACUGAACUUGCUGAGGAAGGCGAGGAGUAAGGUCAAGAGGGGGAAAAAAAACCCACCCACUUCAUGACCACGAAGAACUUUGACCAUUCCAGGUUGGUGAUACCACCACUACUGCAUUGAAUUCACCAGAUCUAGCAACAAUGACCAGACACUCAAGGUUGAAAUGCCAACGCCAAACACUACCUUAACUACCCUGGUCUAUAUAGUUCCCUUACAUCUUUCUUGUUUAUUUUUAUUACCACUUCUUAACAUUCUUAACUUUUUUGAGGUUUUAGGGGGGUUGAUUUAUUUGCACAACUACCUGCCAUUUUUAUAAAUGAUUCUUGAUCAUAUGCGAGUGAACAAAAAGUAUUCUGAUAGCACUGUUCACUGGAAUAGGUGAAGUUGUGCAGAAAGGAGAAUCUUUGACUAAUUUAGAAGUAGUUUUUUUCCAAAUAUUUCAACUCAAGUCUGUUACUGGAGUAACUUACAGAUUUUUCAGCUUAUUCAGGUUUAUCAGAUAACAUAAAAAUAGGGAGGGGGGUUGGUAAAAACAAAACAUUUCAUACAAUUUAAAAAAAAAUUGAGAAUUUGGCUUUGACUGGAUGGAUUUUUUUUUUACUAACACCUUAUAACUCUUUCUGUUCUGAGGGUCUCCUCCUUUCUGUGGGGAACAGGUGCUGGUAGUCUAUAGAAGAGCAAGAGUUAUAAAUGAGUUUCUUCUGACUGAGCACUGUGUUUUAGAUACCUUUGCACUGCAGUGCCAAUGCUCAGCUCUUUCUCAGACAUUUUGCUGUCUACAACAUUCCAGAUAAGGAAGGAUGGAAAAAAAUGCUUUCUCCCCUUCCAAUAAAAGGUGACCCAGGCAGCUUAAAACCUUAGUGCUUUUUUCUUAACAUUUCCAAACUUCAGCACUUUCCUGUCACGUACAUGUGUAGAAUGCUUGCUUUCUAUUAAACCUCAUUGUCUACAUGUUAGAACUGACGUUUCUGAUGUUGAGCAGGUAUAUGUUUCAGAUAGUUUAAUGAUCAAUACAGGUUUUUAGGAUACUAAGGGAAAGGUGUGGGUCCAUUCUUGUAGGUAAUAAAAAAGCAACGCCAUUUGUUGAGGCUGCCACUGGGGAAACCUAUAUAGAAACCUGUUAACUAUGUCAAUUUCUUUGCUGUUGACACUGUGUAUAGUUAAGAUGCCAAAUUAGAUUUAUAGCAGCUUGAAGUUGUAUUAAGUGAUAUUUUGCUUUCUGUAAUACUGUUAUAAAAUAAAGUUUGUUUAUUCUCUA